AUUUCUCCUUAUCCUGGAUCAUCAGUUGAAUAUCGACCGAAAAAGUUUACACAAGAUUUUGGUGGAAUCCGAAAUAUGGUUGCCGGUUGGGAACAACAAUUAACUCAUAAUAAUUUAGCUAAUCGAAGUCCUAGUACUUUACUAACACCAACCUCACCAUAUCCAGAAAAUGGUCCAAUAACUAAUCCUCUUCCUCCCAAUCCUUCAACAUCUAUUAACACUCCCUCUUCUACAAUUACUAAUAAUAAUAAUGCAACUUCUUUGUUAUCAUCAUCACCAACACCAUCAUCAUCAGUAACACCAACCCUUGGUAAACCAUCUAUUGGUAGCACUGGUGUUGGUACUAAUUUAUCACCAAAUUCAGCUAACCUUGGAAUUAAAUCAGCUCGUGAAGCAUUUUUUUCCGAUCCUAAUCAAUCACAAUUAUCUGAUAUCACUAAAACAACUAACAAUAUCAUUGAUACUCCUCCAUCACCACAGUUAACACCAUCAACCCUAAUGGUUUCUCCUUUAAUAACUAGUAAACCAUCAGCUCGGUUUGCAAGUGUUGAUAGACUAACAGGGAGACAAAAAAUAUACGAUCAACCAUCCGAAAUGAGAUCUCCAUCACCCGAACCUAGUGUUGUUGAAGAUGGUGAACCACUCAAUUCUAAACGGGAUCUAUAUUCGACCAGAGAUAUUUCACAAAAUUCCGUCAAUUCAUCAACAGAUUCUAUUCUGAACUCAUCGUCAGCCCUUUCAUCUUCCACUCGAAAUGCUCUUAGUGGCAGUAAAACGGAUCUACUCUAUUCCCGCUCAAGAAGCCUUUACCGUGACACCCUUGACUCUGCCGAACCUAGACGAUCAAUGCUAUCAUCAUCUACCAACCAACAGGACAAAUUAAUGGCGGCCAAAGACUCGGAGAGAAAUGUUGGUUUCAGUGAUUUACCCAACCAAAUUCACCGUAAAACCAUCAAAAAAGGCUUUGAGUUCACCCUAAUGGUUGUGGGAGAAUCUGAAUUGGGAAAAUCAACUCUGGUCAAUUCUAUGUUUUUAACUGACAUUUAUUCUGAUGAAUAUCCUGGACCAUCUAAACGUCUCAGUAAAACCGUUGAAGUUAAUGCAACCAAAGUAAAUUUGAAAGAGAAGAACGUAAAUUUAUCUUUAACCAUUGUGGAUACUCCUGGUUUUGGUGAUUCACUUGACAAUACAAAUUCAUGGCAAAAGAUCAGUGAAUAUAUUGAAGAUCGUUAUGAGGAAUAUUUAAAUGCGGAAACAAAACUUCACAGAACUCAUAUUCCCGAUAAUCGUGUCCACUGUUGUUUAUACUUUAUGUUACCUCGAGUGACAUUGAGAGCAAUAGAUAUUGAAUUUAUGAAAAAUUUACAAGAUAAAGUGAACAUAAUACCAAUAAUCGCCAAAGCUGAUAGCUUGACUGUUGAAGAAUGCCAACAAAUGAAGAAAAAUGUCAUGAAUCAAAUAGCACAACAUAAAAUAAGAAUAUACGAAUUCCCUGAUUGUGAUGAGGAAGAUGAUGCUAAAUUAUUAAAGCAACUUAAAGCUCGAAUACCAUUCGCAGUAUGUGGAAGUAAUGUCGUCGUUGAAACACCAAGUGGAGAAAGAAAAAGAGCAAGAAAAUAUCCUUGGGGAACAAUUGAAAUUGACAAUCUGGAACAUUGUGAUUUCAUUGCCCUUCGCAUGAUGCUCAUCAAAUAUUUCAUGCUCGAUUUGGUAGAUACAACCAAUAAUGUACACUAUGAAAACUAUCGGUGCCGAAAAUUAUCUGGAGUUGGAUCUGAAAAAUCAUCAAAAGAUAUAAAUCCUUUAGCACAAAUGGAGGAAGAACGUAAAGCCUCAGAAGCCAAAUUAAGAAGACUCGAACAGGAAAUGGAUCAUGUAUUUGAAACCAAAGUCAAGGCCAAAGAACAAAAACUCGAAGAAAUGGAAGCCGAAAUCCUUCGUUUUGACGAACAGAAUCGAAAGGUUCACGAGAAAGAGUUACAAGAAUUGGCCGAUAAACGAGCUGCAUUCGAGAAGGAAAGAGAUGCCUUCGAAGUGAUUGCCAGAGAAAUGGAAGAGAUGAGGAAAAAUACAUUGGAAGCAAAUAUCAGAGAAGCAAUGGAAAUAAAGGAGAAAAAGAAGGAAAAGAAACGAUUAUUUUGAGAAGAGAAAUCAAUUGAUUCCAAACAAUUAACAAGCUUCAUCUCGAGUCAUUUUCUUUUUGCUAAUUAACUAAUUAACUUAUAAUACAAUCAAACUUAACAAUGAGAUAUUUACAUUUAUCACCUUAACCAUAACAAAAGAAAAGGACUUAAUUCAAUUCCGUAACAAUUAAGAAAAUACUAUGAUAACUGAUUUCGUAAUAAACAAUAAUUACAACAGAAAAUCAAUAACUACAAAGUCAAGAUUAAUCUUCAUCAUCAUCAGCUGAUUGUCAGUUAAUAUCGCAAUUAAAAGUCGAUGGGAUUCAAUUGAUUAAGAAUUUGAUCUCGUUUUUUUCCUUUCGAUCUGAUCAAUCUCACUUUAAUCGUUCACAAUUUACUAAUUUAAUUACAAAAGCAACUUUUUUCUCACUGCUUUUCCAUUUUAAUAUGGACAUAGUUUUAAUUAAUUAUGAUUAACUUUGGAAAACUUAAUUUCAUAUCAUCAUCUUCAUCAUUGUCAUUCAAUAAACACCGUCUCCUGAUUAAUCAACUUCAAUAUAACAAUUAAAUCAAAUGACAUCGAAACAAUUUGCUCGUAAUUGGAAUCACGUCUUUAUAUUGGAUUAUCAAUAUUCAUUUAAUUGUGCAAGCGCAAUUAAAAUAAGCUUAAUUUUUUCACAAUUUCUGAUGCUUUUUACAUAAAUAAUGUUCAAAAAUCAAUAAUCAAUAUUCCUUGUCACUUUCACAAUUAACUUAAUUGUCUUAAAUUAAACUCUUACAAUUGACAAAAUAUUUUUCCAUUUAA